CUUUGUUUACGCAGGAAACGCCAAUAAAAAUGUCUUGUUAUGUCUAGUUGCGAAAAAGAACUAAUGUCUUGUCUUGCAUAGAUUUCAGAUGCUGCCGAGGAGAAAUGUGCCAUGAUAUAUAUUUUAAAUCAGACGCUGAAUAACUAUCAUGGCCUCACGAUCGGCCAACAAAUCAAGGGUAGUCCGUGACUCAGAGCUCACAAACCUGGCCUUGUUUGGGGACAGUGCAUUGUGUCAGCGGCCACCUGUCCCCCCUGAGCUGCCAACUGUGAAUCAGCCUUAUGAUCGAGGAGUAAAGAGCUAUGUUAAUGCUGCCGUCCAUAAUGAUAUGUUUGAACAACAAUUGCGCUUCAAGUAUGGUAAUAUGCAUAGAUCAAGCCUAUCAAUCAUUCAUGGAUUUCAUGCCAAAACUUUCAAUAAUGACAAAUCAGACCUAGACCUUGUUGGUCAUGAACCAAAAAGAGGCCUCUUCAAUCCCAAUCGGCCUCAGAGUGCUAAGACUAUACCAAAUAACUCUUCUGGAAUAACUGGGAGACCAAACAGUGUUGUAAAUACAGGGCGACCUCCAACACGUCGACCUCUGAGUGCUGUAAGGACAGAGGUUGCAUCAGCUGGCCACAGUCACCAUACAAACGCUGUGCACCACAAAGAAUCCCUCAGUCGCCCUGGUAGUAGGGUCAGCAAAACACUUAACGCUUACCAGGCUGGACUUGACACACAAAUCAGCGAUGGCGUGAGAUAUUUAGAUGACGAUUUGGGCAAUGAUCCCGACCAUGAGCCCAUCUCAGAUGUCCUGUCACGCCUGAAUGAAUACAGCGAGAAUUUUGUGCAGCAAGUGUCAGCAGCAUGCACAGACUGCGAAUGUGAGACGGAAGAACAGCGGGUGUCGAGUCGGCUAGCUCGGGUGUACAGCAGCGCCUCGGAGGAUUCUGCAUCGGACGAGGACGAUGUUGGUGUCUCACUGAGUGUGGUGCUGAAGACGUUCCACCAGUACGAAGAGAAGGGUCACUCUGCGGCCAGACACAAGGCCAUGAUGACCCUUGUCCACGGCUACACGGGCCAGGAACCAGUCUCUGUGGACCAGUUCAAACAGGUUAUGGUGUAUGCCUCCACGAGCCUGUCCCAAGUGCAAGAAGUUUGCCUGAUGGUUGUCAAGAAGAGUUUACGGUUGCCUAGCAACCUGCAGAUGGCGCUUAGCAACGGCGUUCUGAACUUCGUACAUGACUGUAUCACGCAGGAGCCCCUCUACCAUCUCCGUAAAGUGGCCCUCCCUGUGUUAGAAGUGAUAUUCUCGUACCGGGACCAGACUGACGUAUGGCUGGAGGAGGCCUCAGUGAGGUUUCUACCCAAGCUGGUUGCCAUGGUGAGGGGCCAGACCCCUCUGGAGGUGAAAUACGCGGCCUGCUGCGUGUUCCGCUCCAUUGCACAGUACGAGGGCUUCAUUUCAUACAUCACUCAGGACGUGUUACCAGCCGUGUUACAAAUGAGGAAUACAAGCGCGAAGUUUAAGGAAGUCUAUGUGGAGAUCCUCACCCACGUACUAUCUCACACGGAUCUUAUCCCCCCAGACCUAGUUGACAGCAGUGCUGUGCCAAUCACGGCCAGUAUCAUCAGAGAGGGGCCCUGUGGACCCCAGUGUGCCUCGCUACAUCUCCUGGUAUCGUUGACAGCAGAUGACCACGGCAUCUCCAUGGUGAUUGGAACCAACACCCUGGUCCCUAUGCUGCUGUGUUGUAUGAAGGAGUCCCAUUGCAGGAAAGUGCGUCUGCUAGCCACAGAGGUGAUGCGAAACCUCUGCACGUGUCGCAAACUGGGCCUCUGUAAGGACCUCAUGCUGCAACUCAGCGGCUACCUGGUACCCAGUCUGGAGCAGGACUCGCUGACCAUUCUGUCCAAGAUGGCCACCGCUCAGGGCCCCGUUGCCGUGACGAUGAAGCCUCGCUUUGAUGAGGAGAGGCACAUGUGGAUGGGGCUGGAGAAAUUUGUUGAUAUUACCAAGGCUGUGAUCUAUAGGGAGGCUAAGGUUGAGGUCGAUGACCUGGGGUCAGUGACGGAGAUCCACAUGAAGGCAUGCAUGGACACGUGCCCCGUGCAGCUGGGACUGAUAAGCCACUCCUUCCAGCUGCUGCACAGUGUCUGCCUGUGGCCCCUGGACAAGUCUCGCCUGGGGUUCAGCGCUAAUAGAGUCGACCUUACCACCUUCACUGACGAUGAAAAGCAGAAAGCCAAACUCUCAAAAGUGAACAGAGGUCUUACACAGGCCAUUUGGGACAAAGUUGGUGUCGUUGUUACCACCCUGCUUACAUCCUAUGCCGAGAAGGUGGCCAAAGUUGGCAAAGCGCCAACUAAAGGGAGAGCGUUCUGUUCCUUGGAGACGAUAUUUGAACCACAAGAGGUCACCUUAAUCACUAGUCUUCUGGAGUUAAUAUUGUGUUCAUCCCUGUGCACAUGCAUGGCAUUUCCGGAAAUACUGCCAAAAUUGCAAGAAAAAUCAUCAAAGAAAAAACAUAAAUCCCCAAAUAAACUGAAGUCAAGCUCAACAUCACAGGUCACUUUUGUUUCACCAGAUAAAUCUAGUCAGGAAGUGGAAUGCAGGCUAAAGUCCCAGUCUGAUUCAGGAAAGGUUUUUGAAGAUUCUGCAGAGGAAAAAAUCUGGGUCAAGGACAAUCCCCACCUGACCAGUAUCCAUAGCAACAGUAGUCAGGUGGUUGCUAUGGAGAGGAGUAAGGCGGAGCUACUGCACAAGGAGGCAUGCACUGAGCGACGUCUACUACGCAAGUGUCUAUUUGAAGCAGACGUUUUCCAUUGCGUUUGUCCAUUUCUGCUUUGUAGGGAAGAGCGUAUCACGGUGAUGGUAUUACAGAUAAUGAGGUGUCUAAUACAGCCCCUUGAAGAACGAGUAGCCCCUAAAUUAGGCAGCAGUUCACAGGACGGGACAGCGGCCAAAAACAGAAACAGGCCGCAGACAGCAGGGGCUGUUGAAAAAGCCAGUAGGCGUCUGAACAUAGCACUGUACAAGAUGUCCCCAGACCUUGCAGGCCUUAUCAAAGAUGCCCUGGGUCCUCAGUUGAACCCUGGGGAAAGAGCCCCACCCUCGGAGAGUGGCGAAAAGAAGGAGGCGAAAAAAGCAGUAAUCAACCUGCCUGCUUCAAAUGGGUUGGAGACAAUACAGGAAAAACUGCAAGAAUAUGCAGACAGCACCAUGAACCAAUCAGAAUCAAAAGCAUCGCCCCCAGUUGUAGAAGCCAAGCCAAAGACACGCAGUAAGCCAGUGAUUGACAGGUGUCGCCCCAUUGCUCAGCAGUGUCGGGAGGCCCUAAUAGGGGAACUAGAAGAGAGGCUCAUAAUGGGGAUCUUCACUAGAACUCUGAAAGUGAAAAAACAGUCAGUGUUGCUUCUGCACGACUUUGUUCAGUAUGGAGAGUCAUCAUCAAAUAUGCAGCUGUCUUGCUAUGGGUGCAUGCCAAGGUUGCUGGAUUUUCUCCGAGUCAAUGAAGACAAUGAACUACUAGAAAUCAUGGGCCUGAUCAUUGUACGGCUCCUGGUGGGCAGUGACCACCGCCUCAAGCAGCUCUUCAACCGCCAUGGUGGACCCCAGCUCCUGCUGUCCAUGGCUCAGUACACUAAGGGGCUGCUCAAACAAGAGGUCGCCAAUACACUCAAGUCCAUUUCUAAAGUGGAGAAAAUCAAGCGCCGCCCAAUGUCUGCCCCUGUGCAGCGGGCGCAAGCCUCAAAAGUCCCAGAUGUCUGGGAUCAUAUCCAAGCACGCUGGAAGCAGGAGGAUCAGGUUGCUGGUGUGCUGAGGCAGUGGAUAGACGCAGACCGGAAACACAAACUGAAAUGCAGGGCGCACAGUUGUCUCCCUUCCAAUCAACAACAAGUAGACAUGUUUCUGGAGUAGCCUCCCUUACAUAAAGCACAAGCUGAAAUCCAGGGCUCACAAUUGUCUCCCUUCUAAUUAACAACAAGCAGAUAAGUUUUUGGAGUAGCCUCCCUUACAUGAAACACAAGCUGAAAUCCAGGGCUCACAGUUGUCUCCCUUCCAAUCAACAAAUUAGUACACUAGUUUUUGGAGUAGCCUCCCUUACAUGAAACACAAGCUGAAAGCAAGGGCUCACAUUGUCUAUUUCCAAUAAACAAGUAGACAAGUUUCUGGAGUAGCCUCCCUUACAUGAACACAAGCUGAAAUCCAGGGUUCACUGUUGUCUCCCUUCCAAUCAACAACAAUUAGACAAGAUUCUGGAGUAGCCUCCCUUACAUGAAACACGAGCUGAAAUCCAGGGUUCACAGUUGUCUCCCUUCCAAUCAACAACAUGUAAACAAGUUUCUGGAGUAGCCUCCCUUACAUGAAACACAAGCUGAAAGCAAGAGCUCAUUAUUGUUUCCCUCCUAAUGUACAAACAGUAGACAAGUUUCUGGAGUAACCUCCCUUACAUGAACACAAGCUGAAAGCAAGGGCUCACCGUUCCAUUGUACAAACAGUAGACAAGUUUUUGGAGUAGCCUCCCUUACAUGAACACAAGCUGAAAGCAAGGGCUCACAGUUCCUUUGUACAAACAGUAGACAAGUUUUUGGAGUAGCCUCCCUUACAUGAACACAAGCUGAAAGCAAGGGCUCACAGUUCCAUUGUACAAACAGUAGACAAGUUUCUGGAGUAGACUCACUUACAUGAACACAAGCCAAAAGCAGGGGCUCACAGUUGUCUCCCUUGCAUUGUAAAAACAGUAGACAAGUUUUUGGAGUAGCUUCCCAUACAUUCCACUUCAA